AUGGCGAUGCAGUACCAACCCCAACCGUACUUCACAUAUGGACAGCCUCGCUGGCCAGACGAUAUCAAGCCAGCUCUCACCGAAGACGAUUCCUCCUCAAUCCUCGACGACAGGGUCUUCGAGUCCUCCACCCCCGCCGAUAUGACGGUGGGUGACAGUCGACGCCCGUCAGUCGCAAAGCUAGAGGACGAGUUCUCUGCAUCCUCACAAGUCUGGCAGGAGAGGCCCCAUGGCGGCAUGGCUCCGGCUCGUCACUUCUCGCAAUCCUCGGUCUCAACGUCGACGUCCAAUGGUCCGUUCUUUGGUCAGAGCAACACCGCGAACUGCGGCCCCGGAUUCAUGCCAAACCAAGCGUGGCCCUUGUCUGCACAAUCCGAAGCCAACACUCCCACUCCAUUCUUCAGCCCGGUACAAGAGCCUUUCGAGCAGCAGGGCCAGUACAACGGGCCUGUGACUUUCAAUUUCGCACAGCAAGAGCCUGUUUCCGCCGUCUCCAUGUCGCCGCAGUCGAGUCAAGGUGGAUGGGCUUCGACUACUUCCUCAGAUGUUGCGUCAACUGGUCGGCGGAUAAGGCAGAGAUACAGAGGGACGUCGCCUAUGUUUGUCAUGCGGUCAGACGGCAUCAGGAAGAAGAACGCCAAGUUCGACAUUCCCGCUGAGCGAAACAUCAACACCAUCGACACUCUGAUCGCGCAUGCGUCGAAUGAAGAAGAGAAGAAAGAACUGAAGCAGCAGAAGCGCCUGCUCCGGAACCGUCAAGCAGCGCUCGACUCUCGCAUGCGGAAGAAGCAGAACGCCGAGAAGCUGGAGGCGGAUAAGAAGAUGCUCACCAAUCAAAAGGGUGAGCUCGAGGAGACCAUCUCCCACCUCGAGAAUGUUCUUCAUCAGGAGAGGCAGCGAUGGAACCAUCAGAUUCAACAAUUCGAGCAAUACAUUCACCAGCUCUCAUAUGAGAGAGAUGAGGCUAUUCGAACAAAGACGCUCGAGACCGCCGAGCUUCGACGCAUGAACACCAUUUUGAAAGACACCGUCCGGGAUCUUGAACGGGAACAGAACGCACAGGCCUUCUCGGCCAACGACUCGGAUGCAUUCUCCAGUGACUUCAACAGCUUCAAGGAUCUCGGUCUAGAAGACAACUGGGACGACAAUUUCAGUCUCAUCAAUGGCGACGACAUGAAGAUGGAAGAGUCCGACAAUUUGCAGCGACAGGCCACUCCACGACCUACAACGUCGUCCAAUCCCGAGCCAUCUGCAACCACCACCGCCACGAAAUCAGAUGUCAAGGUCGACGCUGCUUUCAGCUGGGAAACCUUUUACAUGUGCUUGCUGUCUGGAGCGUUCAUCAUGUCUCAGGCUGGGUCGUUGUCCAAAGCUGCAAGUGCUGCAACGUCGGUCGCGGUCGUUUCCCCGGCUAUACCGACGCUGUCCAACGAGUAUCGUGCCGAGGCUGGCCAGGUCCUCCAAGCUGUUCUCGCUUCAGGGCCCGAGGGCUCACGAGAAGUCCUCCCUUCCCGGCCUGCCGCCCCGGCUGACGGCAGCAACUUCCCUCACGCCCUGUCUGACGUCUCUGGAAUAGCUCCUCAGCCGUCUGACGCCGCUCUCGACAGCCUGCAUAUAUCCUUGACUACACCCUCCCGUCAACAGCAGGCUGCAGCUGCAUUCUCGCUGUCCGCCGCCUCUUACAACCACAUCAGCAGUCCCGACUGUGGCCUUGAGGAUGGUGAUGAGGACGAUGAUGACCUCAUUGAAAUCAAACCUACCAAGCUGCAGCAACUAUUCGCCAGCAUGCAAGCCAAGCGUGACGGCCUCGAGAAGAUGGCUGGUCUGGGAAACAAAGCACGAGAAAGAAGUGUCCUCCUCGAUCGUGUCCCAGAGAAAGUCCUGCGAGAUUUCCGCGAAAUGGUCGCACAAACGAAAAUCGACUGA